AUCGCUCGGGCAACGAUUUUAUUGUUUUAUAUGUGUUUCUUAUUGUAAAAUCAGUUGGCGUUUUACUAUUGUGGAAAAAUGUAGUGGUGAUUUUCAACGUUUUUUUCCUCCUCCCUACAAGAAAACAUCCCGUCACCAUGGCCCCCGGAAAAUGUCCAUCUCGCCGGAAAAACUCAACAAAGUGCGCAGACGACUCAACUUUGAUUCUCCCUCCACAUCAAAUGACUCACCAGCACCGAAUGUGCCGGAAAAGAAGGAACCUGAGUUUAAUCCAGACCCACCACUGGCAACCCUGGACGCGCUGAGUCAAAAGUACAACUUCGACUUCCGUAACGAGGUUCCCUUGGAGGGCGAUUGGGAGUGGGAGGUGGUGGCACCACCUCAAAGGAUCCUGGAUCAUAAGGAGGUGGUCAAGAACCUCAAGGUGGAGGACGAGUUUAGGGACGAUCGAAAAGUUUGACGUCAUUAUUUGAUUCAAAAUUUCUAUUUUAAUUAUGAUUAAGAUUUUAUUUGAAGACUGAAUUUUAUUUUUUUGCAAUGCAGGGUGUCCCAAUUAAGAUCAAAGAAUCUAAAACACCCUGUAUCAUGACCAAAUCAGGUUGUGCUAUACAGGGUUGGCAUAACAAUACAUUCAGUGCGAGGGAAAAGGGAAAUAAGACCCUGUAUAUUUUAUGUUGUAUAACACCAUUGUUCCCUUCGUUACCCCCUUAAUUAUAACUAAAAAAAACUGCAAAUAGAUCCAUGGACAUAUACAGGGUGAGCAAAUUUAAUUAAAUUUUCCAGAUGGCCUUUAUAUUAUUAUAUGAAUUUAACGUCAUUGAUGGCCAGUAUACCGGGUGCCUCUGUAACCGUCGUUACAUUAUUACAUAGUGCAAUAGAAUAUUUAUAUUAUGUGUUUCCUAGCUAGUCAUUUAUGUAUUUAUUUUAUUUAUUUAUUUGAAAAGAAAAUAGCGACCCUUAUGUACGUAUAAUAAAUUAGUUUUAGGGUAUAAAGAUUUUUUUAAAGUUUUAUGUGCGCGUGCGUGCCUCAUACAGCUACAAAUACCAAAAAUGAUUGUAUAUAUAUAUAUAAAGUGUCUUAGUAGGCUUAAGUCGAAAAUAAAUUAAUUGUAUUUUUUUUAA